AAAACCGCCCUUCCCCAACUUCACUCUCUGCCUGUCGUUUUUUGUUAUAUCAAAAAAGAAGAAAAUAGGCUAAAGAAACAAAACACGGACAUACACACACUCUCCCCCAAAACUCCCUUUCUUUCUUUCUGGGUGUUGCUGUGGCAUGUUUACCGGCUAAAUCUAGAGCAUCCCAUUUUCCUUUUCUCCUACCAUUUGAAGGGAAAUCUCCUACAUAACCAGUCGCCUUUCCUACAUGUUCUUUAAUGCUUUGUGGAAAUAGCGGGUUGCUCUGUAUCAGAUAUUAAGAAGUUUUAUUUCCUUGAUUCAUUUUUCACGGGAGUUGAAUCUGGAGACUUUGGCCAAAUCUAGCAAGACCCUUAUAGUCAGUGACAGUCGAGGAGGUUUCAAACGAGGUCUCCGUGGUCCAAUCGUUGUCUUCCGAACAUUUAUUUAAUAAAUAUAAAUCACAAAUCUCUCUUAGGGUAUGAUGUUAAGAGUACUGUAAAAGCUGGUUUCUGAGGAAAAACUACUUGUUCUCGGGCUAGCUGACGCAGUGUGGUUAAAAAAUUUUCUUAAAAAUCUUCCCUUUCAUAUCAAUUUGUUGCUUGGUAUUUAAAUGCUUUUGUUUUUAUUCUUUGUUGUUGUUGCGAGAAAUAGGCGAUUUUCUUUCUUUUUUUUUUUUUUUGGUUCCUAUAUUUACUAAAAUGUGGUUUUUAGCUAACAAAUGCAUGGUCUGCUAAUUUUCUUCUACGUGAUACUUUUCCUCCGAGUAUGUGUACGAUCUCACCGGAGGCUGCUUAAUUGUUUCAAUUUGUUUAUUAUUUAUUUAGCUAUCUUUUCCGGCUAGCAGUAAUCUCUAAUAUAUAUGUGAAAAAUAUGUUAUGUGGUUUUGAAUUCUUUCCAAAUUGUAAGAUUUGAGACGCAGGGUUUUCUUCUCCAGUUCUUUUUAUCUGUUUAACUUGGCUUGUUAUUGAGGAUGCUUACAGUUUUCUCUUCAUAUAGAAAGGUGUGGAGAUAGUUUAAGUUUGUUAACAGCGUGGAGGCGGGUGGAAAUUAUCUUUACAUAAGGGGAAUCCAUAUUUCACUUGUUUUAGACAUAAAUUGCUUGUCCGGGGCAUAUGAUAAGCUGUUCAGUUAUAAGUUUUUAUAUUUCUGAUGUGGUAAUAAUUUUUCUAGUUGAAGGAAAUAAUAUCUUUCGAUUGGUAAAGUUGCUUUAAAUCAUCUUUCAAGGAUUUAAUCUGAGGCUAAUUCUUCUUAUAUGAAUCAGCCGUUGACGAUUUCCUAACAUUGUUGAUGAUCCUCUCACUGGGAGACCUAAUAGCAUAAUUUUACUUCAAUUUUCUUGGGCACAGGUUUUGUUUAGGUCAUGGCGGGAGAAUCAUCAUGGACUAACCAUUGCCUUGAUGAAACACCAAGAGAGAUUGGAGAGUUUGAUUCAUUCUCAGAGCUUGAUGAUGAAAGCAGUAAAGAAAUUACUGCAGUUUCUCUUGAGUUGAUCCUGCCUGAUGACCUGCUGGAGCGGAUCCUAGCCUAUCUCCCAAUUGCUAGCAUUUUCAGAGCCGGUUGUGUGUGUAAAAGAUGGCAUGAAAUUGUUAGUUCAAAUAGGUUUUUAUGGAAUUUUUCGCAUGUCCUAUCACAAAAACCAUGGUAUUUUAUGUUUACCAACUCUGGCGAGCCAAUUGGUUAUGCAUAUGAUCCCAUCCUUCGGAAGUGGUAUGGCAUUGAACUACCAGAGAUCAAGGCACCCGAUUGGUCCAUUGCUUCAUCAUGCGGAUUGGUUGGCUUCAUGGAUAAUGAAAGCAGAAGCGAGCUAUAUAUCUGCAACCCAAUUACCAAGCUCUGCAAGAAGCUUGAAGAGCCCCCUGGCUUGAAAUUUUCUGAUUACAGUGCCCUUGCAGUCUCAGUGAACAGGAUAUCACCUGGAUAUCUCAUCACAGUUGUGAAAUCUAAGCAAGUCCCUGGGAAUUUUUUCCAAUGGGAUAUCUCAAUUCAUAUUUAUGAUUCAGAAACAAUUAUGUGGACAACCUCUUUGACAGAGGUUUUAACGGGAUGGAGAGGUGGCGAUGAAAGUGUGAUCUGCAAUGGAAUUUUGUACUUCUUGAUUUAUUCAACAGGGAGUGGUGUACCAGAAAGUCGUCAUGGCUUAGUUGCAUAUAGUCUUUCUAGCCGUACUUCCCAUGGUUUGUUGAAUAGGAGUUUUAUUCCAGUGCCUUGCCCUCUUACAUGUGGCCGACUAAUGAACCUCAAGGGGAAGCUGGUGAUGGUGGGAGGAAUUGGUAAACAAGAUCGAGCGGACAUAAUUAAGGGGAUUGGCAUCUGGCUUCUAAAUGGGAAGGAGUGGCGGGAGAUUGCGCGAAUGCCACAUAAGUUCUUUCAGGGAUUUGGGGAGUUUGAUGAUGUUUUUGCAAGCAGUGGUACAGAUGAUCUCAUAUAUAUCCAGAGCUAUGGAGCUCCAGCACUUCUUAUCUUUGAUAUGAACCAGAAGCAAUGGAAAUGGUCACAGAAGUGCCCUGUGACAAAGAGGUUCCCACUUCAGCUCUUUACUGGUUUUUGCUUUGAGCCCAGGCUUGAAAUUGCUCCCUAAUUUGUUUCCAUUCAGAUUAAUGUGGUGGUAUUGAUGAAUGUCUCUCAGAUUCCCGUGGGUUUAUUUUGUUUUUAUUUACCUUCAUAUUCAAUCAUUACGAAAUUUGCAUUUCCAAAGGUUUAUACAAAAUGUAAAUGCAGAAAUCUGCUCAUUCAUGAUUACGGGAAUUUCAUUUUUUGCAUUCAGAAAUACCACAAGAGAACAAUACAUGUUUGAGACUC